AUGCCUCCAGCCAAAUCCCCUUCUAGGGCUAGAGGAGGGAAGCAGAAAGCGGUGACAAGAAAGACAGACAAAAAAGAAUCAAUUCCCCCCAAAAAAGGAGGAAAGACAGAAUCUCAAAUACUCUCAAAUAAUAAUGAAAGUGAGAAAGGAAAAGGUGAUAAAUUUAUCAAGGAAGAGAUAGCUGGGAAAGGGAAGAACAAAAAAGAGAAGAAAACUGGGAAUAGUGACCAAACCGAGGAACCGGUAGAGAUAGAGACCUCUAGGCAAAUAGCCAAAGCAAGAAAGCAAAAUGGCAAAGUCUUACCUGCUAAGGGGACUAACUUACCAGCUAAGGGGAAAGCUGUCAAAUCAAAACCUGACCAGAAAAAAAAUCCCACCAAAACUCCUGCAAAACUUGCGAGAAGGAGAGGUGCUAAAGUAGUAGAUACAGAAGAGGACGAAUCGGAGAGCGAGAAAGCAGAGAGCUCAGAACAAGAGAGUGAUGAAGAAGGAAAUGAUGACAAGAAGGAGGGGUCAGAUUGCGUGGAGAACACCGCUAAGACACAACUGUCAGAUGUAGGCAAAAAAACAGAAGAGGAGGAAGAAGACGAUGUAGGGGAAAAAACAGAAGGGGAUGAAGAUGAAGAUGAAGAUGAAGAUGACGAUGACGAUGUAGGAGAAAAAACAGAAGAGGAGGAAGAUGACGAUGUAAGAGAAAAAACAGAAGAGGAGGAAGAUGAAGAUGACGAUGUAAGAGAAAAAACAGAAGAGGAGGAAGAAGUAGAAAAGAAGAAAAGUGAGAGAAAGGACAAUCCCGCUGUGCCUGCUGAAAGCAGAAUCAAAGAAGAACCCGAGAAGGAACCUGUUAGCAGUACAGAAGAAGACGACUCUGAGGAGGUACUGAGCGAUACGGGGCAAGAGAACACACAGGGAGAGAGAGCUCGUUCGUCAAAGAAACCAGAACCGCUCAACCUGACAGUUCACCUCCAGGGGCAGAAAAAGAUGUUAAAAUCUAAGAUACUACAAAAGAAGGGGCCUUCUAGAGGAGAGGAGCCUAAAGACGAUUCUGUGCCCUCAAAAGGAGUCCAUAUUAAAGGAAUGGCUCUCUCCAAAGGUGGCGCUGCUAAAGGUAAGUCUCAAAUUCUACAGUUGGCAAGUAAAACAAAGACAAUGAGCAAGACAGAGGAAGAUCAGGCAGCAACCCCAACAAAAGGCCCCAAAGGUCUUCUGAACAGACAGUCUCGUAUGCUGUUUUCAAUGAAAGGCAAGGGAAAGGAUGAUAAAAGCAAGAACGCCAAAGAGCAACCUCCAAAAGACACUGAAGAUGCUGUUGAAGAGCCAAAUCAAGAUUCAUGUGAGAAAAUAGUGGCGGACGCAGUUGAGCCUGAGCCUGAAGAAGAGAUACCCUCAAAGUCAACUGAGCGUUUAUUGGCCCGGAAAAGAGGCAUGACGACAUUGCGGCGCGUCUCAGGAUGGAUUCAAAAGAAGAUGCCACAGGGCUUCCACGUUCGGAAAAAAUUAUCAGCAGUCACCCAAGCGAUUGGGAUCUCAAAAUGGCUCCCUGCUUUGGUAGUCAAGAAGAGGAAUAGCAGCACCAAGUCCAAGAAGAGUCUUAUCCGACACAAGAUGGUUAUGAAAAUGGCAAGUGGUGGAAAAUCAAAGAAGGAAGUAUCGGCCUCAAAGGCUGAUGAGGAUAUUACGGCUGUUCCCCAGGGUGACUCCUCUGAUGAACCUUGUUCCUCUCCACAAGACAUAGAGGAAAAGGCCAACUCAGGAGAUGCUAAAUAUGCGAUUGUGUUCCCAAGGAUGAACAAAAUUGGCAAGGCUAAUGAAGCCACUGUUCCAUCUACUAGCACCAGCACAGGUACUGCAGGCACAACAGAGCGUAAACCACCAAAGCCUGGUGCUCGUCUGGUUCUUCCAGUCAAGCCAGACCUUAGCUUACUGAAGUCCAUUAAGAAAAACACUCAGGAGAGUAAAAGUGAUAAGAAUGGCAGCCCAAACUCUCAAGUGACUGAGGGGCAGCCUGAAGUUAAAGCAGACAAAAAAGAGCCAAUAUCAGGCAUCAAAGAAGGUACAAGUAUACUACAAGCCGCCAAGGGAAAACUUGGAGGAUCGCAAGUAAAUAUUACCAAGUUGUCUAUAUCUAAACCUUUGCUUAAUGGUAUAAGUAUGGGACAGAACAAAGAACUGGAAAGGAAUCAAAGGAAGUCAGAUGUGUCAGCAGAACCUGAGACAUGGAGGAAUGGAGUGAUGCAACCUUCUUAUGAGGAGGAUGCAGACCGAGAGGUGGCAGAACUGAUGGGUGAGGGUCUUUUGCCCUCCGCUAUGGAGCUACACUGGGCUCAGACUCAGCAAAUGUGUGGUGAUCCUCAAGACUGGCUACGUUCGGAAAACCUCCCGCCCCAUCAAACAGUGGAGAAGCUUACUAAAUGGACAGUGUAUCAAGAUGACGAACGUGCCCAUAUAAUUCCAGUCCAUAAUGGAAGAGGCCCAUGGGAAUCUGAAGAUCCGACCCAAAAUAUGCUAGAGGAGAGACUUAACAGCACGCAGGUAAUGAGGCCAGGAAGCAGCCAAGCUGUGGAGGUGGAUGAGGUGGAAGAUUUAGCACAGCUGGAAGAGGUGUGUGAGAGUUCUGUUCUGCUGAAUUUGAAGAAACGGUUUCAUCGGGAUUCAAUUUAUACGUAUAUUGGUGAUAUGCUCUUGUCCAUCAACCCCUUCAAGCCUCUCAGCAUCUACACUGAGGAUCUGAGACAGCAGUACCAGGGUAAAGAGAAGCACAAUAAUCCACCUCAUAUAUAUGCCACAGCAGAUGCUGCCUUUUGCCAAUCUCAGAAUACCACCCAAGAGUACUGCAUCAUCAUAAGUGGACAAAGUGGAUCAGGGAAGACAGAGGCUGCCAAGCUCAUUGUCCAUUAUCUGAGUUCCAUGUAUCAAGGCAGAAAUGAUAAGUUACGUCAGCCAAUGGAUGUUUUACCCAUUCUUGAGAGCUUUGGUAAUGCCAAGACUAUACUGAACAACAACUCUAGCCGAUUUGGAAAGUACCUACACAUCCACAUACGCCAUGGUGUUGUUGUCGGGACAUCUUUGUCAAAAUAUCUCCUUGAAAAAUCAAGAAUCGUCUUCCAGGCUAAGGAGGAGAGAAACUACCAUGUGUUUUAUGAACUGUUGGCUGGGAUGAAUGAUUGGGAUAAGCAGGAUCUUUACCUGCAAGGAGCUGAAACUUACUUCUACCUCAACCAGGGCAGGGCUUGUGAGCUACCAGGGAAGCAUGACAAGCAAGACUUCCUGCUUUUGGUCCACUGCUUGGAGACCAUUGGUUUACAUGCAGAUCAACUUGCAACCAUUUGGGCCAUUCUGUCAUCGAUCCUGCAGCUGGGCAACAUUUGCUUCAGCUCCUAUGAGAGUGAAUCGUUUGAGGUUGCCCGUAUUUUUAGUGAAGCUGAAGCUCGGAGAGUGGGAAACCUCUUGCAGGUGUCUGCCGAGGCCUUACAGACGGUCAUCACACACCGGGUGACUGAAACAACUUAUGAUAGAAUCUACUGCCCUCUAUCUGUGGAAAGUGCCAUUGAAUCCAGAGACGCCAUUGCCAAGAUAUUGUACUCUGUGCUGUUUGACUGGAUUCUUGAACACAUCAAUGAGUGGUUGAUCCCCACAGAGAUGGACAGCACUGUUGGAAUUGUGGAUAUAUACGGCUUUGAGGACCUGAGUGUGAACAGUUUCGAGCAGCUGUGCAUAAACUUUGCCAAUGAGCAGCUGCAACAGUUUGUGAACAAAGCCCUGGUGGCCCAAGAGCAGGAGGAAUACAGUGCAGAGCAGAUCCAGUGGUAUCCAAUAAUUCUGGAAGACUCUAAUGGCUGUCUGGAUCUCAUCUCAGCACGGCCGUAUGGAAUCCUUCGCAUCCUGGAUGACCAGACAUGCCUUCCUCAAGCUACAGACCACACGUUCUUGCAGAAAUGUCACUAUCACCAUGGCAACAGUCCCUACUACACCAAGCCCAAAAUUCCUCUCCCAGUGUUCACAAUAUAUCACUAUGCAGGCGCUGUCACGUACCAGGUACACAACUUUCUAAAUAAAAAUCACGAUCAGUUUCGUCCAGAAGUGUUAGAGCUUUUUGCCCGCAGUCGUUUACAGAUGGUGUCGGGUAUCUUCAGGAAGGUUCAAGAGCGUUACGUCCAACAGAAAGAGCUGGGAAGAGCAAGGGGUUACCGGAACCAGAUGUCAACAGUAGCUGCUCAUUUCCAGCAGUCACUUAUAGAGCUCACCACUCGUUUGGAGAGGUGUAAAACUACAUUUAUACGAUGCUUUAAACCAAACUAUGUUAAGCUUCCAGGCAUAUUUGAUGUAGACUACAUAACUACACAGCUAAGGCAUGGAGGGAUACUGGAGACCAUUCACAUACGAAAAGAAGGAUUUCCUAUUCGCAUCCCUUUCGCUCUGUUCAUGGAGAGAUAUGGUGUAUUACUGGCCCAGAGACCUGCACACCAGUCUUGUAAAGAGCAAUUAGUGACUUUACUGGAGACUAUAGGAGCAGAGGAAGGCCAGUACCAACUAGGACUCACUAAAGUGUUUAUGAAGGAGAGUCUGUACCAGCGUGUGGAGGAAAAAUGGAGUAGCACCCAAACAUGGGCGGCAGUCACCAUCCAGAGGAACAUUCGUGGCUUCAUCUGCCGGAGAAACUUCCGUUUCUUUAAACAGAAGGCUAUUGUCAUUCAGUCCCACAUCAGGGGCCACCAGGCUCGGAAGUACUACAAGAAAUUAAAGCAGUCCUUCACUCAGUUCUGGGCAGCUAUGAUGAUCACCAGAGACACCAUCAAGAGACGUCAUUGGAGGGUGAGAGCUUUUGUCUCUCCCCUUAUCUCUAGCUCUUUCAAUCCUUUGCCCUCGAGUCAUGGGAGGGUCUUCCUAGGAUAUAAAAGAAAGCCAGCUGCUAAGAAUAGUCUUGUUUACCUUUGCAUUCGAUGUCUUGGACAGGAACAUACCGAUAGAACCAGAGAGAAGGAAGCAGCAAAACCUACAUCUUCCUCUUCAGAGAUGGAUGUAGGAAUAUUGGAGAUCCCGGCAGACCUGUCAGCCAGAUUACGCAGUGCAGCAGGACGCCCUCAAGGAUCAGGAGUAACAGAAGUAGGUCUGCCACAGGUCAAAGCAGACCACAACCUCUCAUUGCCCCAAGACAUUGACAGACACCCUUUCUCCCAAUAUGCCAACACAGUCCUGAAGGGCGGAUGGUGCCAACCGCAGGGCUUUCCGCUUCAGAAGCCUCUGACGUCUCUGGAUCCUGAUGAUGCCCAUACAGCUCUAGAAAUCUACAAACUAAUCCUGCGUUUCACAGGUGACUCUGAUCUGACUGGAUGGCAAGAGCAGAUGUUGGGGAACUAUAUUGUGGAGAAGAGCCAAUUACGGCCCAGUAUCAGAGAUGAGAUUCUAGCACAACUGGUGUACCGCACUUGGGACGGUGAUAAUGAAGAGAGUGCCCUGCGGGGCUGGUUGCUACUGGCUUGCUGUCUGAGUGCCUUCACACCCUCUCCUGCCUUGGAGAAACCCCUGCUCAAGUACGUGUCCGACCGAGGUCCAGGGGAGUUUCGCUCUCUGUGCCAGCACAAGCUCCUCACAUCCCUCCAGCUCCCCUCUCCUGCCUGCAGACAACACCCUCCGAGUCAACUCGAGUGGACGGCCAAUCAGAGAAAAGGAAAGAUGGUGGUGGAGGUUAACACUUUCAAUGAGGAAAGGUUAACUGUGGAGGUGGAGUCUUGGACCACAGGAGAACAAUUGGCCUCUUGGCUUCUUAGCUACAGGGGUCUGAAAGAAGCUACACGGGGCUGGUCUGUGUCUCUGCUGGCUGGGGAGGGCUGGACCGACCUGGCUGGCUGUGAUUUUGUAAUGGAUCUCUUGGCCGGAGUUGAGGCUGAUGUGUCCCUGGGUCACCCACCCGCUCAAACCGAUUACCUCUUUAGCAACACAGGGAACAGUAUGGCAACCACCGACCUGGAUGACUUUAUACCACCUGCUCCCUCUAUGCAAGCCCCUGGUUUCCCCUCCUUUGAAGCAUCCCCAUGGGACACCUAUGAGCCCUCUUCCACAUCCCAGGGAUCUCGAGGUCGACAGAUGGAUGCUUACGUUGAUGACCUCUUUGAUCCUGUGUUUGAUCAGGGUCCUCCGGACUUUGAACGGAUGGCCAUGCUGAAUCGUAGAAUGAGAGGAGGCGGAGGUAUGAUGCCCAGCAUGUACACCGGAGCAGGAAUGCCAAUGAAUCCUGCCAUGGCUGGCUAUGGUGCCACACCAAUGAUGCCAAACAUGAUGCCUACUAUGCCCAUGAUGCAACCCAUGCAACCUAUGAUGAUGCCAACCGCCAUGCCACAAGCCAUGCCUGCUGCAACACCGGCUGUCAACUCACAGCAAAUGGCUGCUCAGCAGCAGGCCUUUAUCAAUCAACAGGCUCUGCUUCUGGCUCAGCAGAUGACAAUGCAGGCGAUGACACUGUCCCAGAAGCAGCAGCAGGAAGAGAUGCGAAAACGUGAGAAAGAGUCAAAGAGGCAGUCACCACGUCAGCGGCGGCGCUCACCUCCACGUGCACGUUCACCUUCACGCUCACCCUCACCCAAACCCCGAAGCCGUCCCCAGGAAGAAAGAACCGUUCCUCAGGCCCCCAAAAAAGCCCCAGGGGCCCUUCCUAAGCCCCGCAGUCCAGAGGCACAGCCUGAGGCAGUGGUGGAUCUCAGGACCCCAGAAGAUCAAGGGUCCUUUCAGGAGAAGAGGAAUUUUUUUCAAAAGAUCGGAACAUCAGAAGCACGCCCAAAGUCUGCGCCAAAGGUUGCUAAGCCACUGAUAUAUGCCACUCCACCAGAAGUGGCCCAACCCAAAUCACCUCCACCAGUACAGACUGAAGUGAAACCACUCCCAGAACCUCCUAACAUCCAAACACAUGAACCAGAAUCUCCAGAACCCACAUCUCCUAAAGCAGAACCUACUAGUAACAUUAGAGAGAUCAUCAAGCGGUACCAGAGCCGGCCCUCUCCAGAACCUAAAGCCUUCCAGCCUGUCAGGGUUCCGGCCAAGCACUUUGUAAAGAAAAACGACCCCAAAGAAGAGGCACUGGCCAUUCUCAAAGGUCAGGGACCUGUCUCUGACCAGAAGAAACAGUGGGAACAGAAGCCUCCUUCACCCCCUCAGCCGCCUGAGUCCCGUGGCCCUCGUGAAAUCUCUAAUGAUAUGAGGCAGAAGCAGCGUUCAUUAGCUGACCUCUUCGGCUCGCAGCGUUCGCAUGCUCUGCCUCGAGCUCGUGAGCCCAUCCCUUCUCCACCUCCCAACAUCCCCGACCCACCACCAAUGCCUCCUCCUGUACUUAAUCAGUUCAACGAGAUGGUUGAGGAGGAGAGUGUUCACUCCCAACUGCACAGAUUCUCUGCCAGCGUUUACUUUUCCUACCCCAGUAUGCCUGGCAAAUUCUUCCUGCGCAAGGAGCUCUUUUAUCCCAGGGAAAAAUUCAACCACCCAUACAUUCUUAAUUUACUCUGUGAGCAGAUCAUGCGAGACACUUACUCGGAUUCUUGUCUGAGGAUUUCACGUGAAGAAAGGCGUAAAAUGAAAGAUCUUUUGGCAAGCUUCCAUAUCGGAACCCGUAUCAAUUCACUAGAUGACACCCUGAAGAAAAGAAUUGUCAUGGCAGCAAGAGACAACUGGUCCAAUUACUUUGCACGUCUCUUUAAGGUGAAGGUGGGGAAUGGAGGAGAUGCUCAGAUUCUGGGAGUGUCACAUAGAGGAAUCAGACUGCUGAAAGUGGCCAGAGCUUCAGGCAUAAAUCCUAAACACCUCAGACUACUCCACAGCUACAGUUUUUCACAGAUGUUGUCAGUACAGCAAAAAGGGGCUGAUAAAGUCGUGAUCUCUUUGAGUAAUGAGGAGUUGGAACUUCACACUCAACAGGCACCACAGAUCACUGCUGUGAUUCAUCUCUUCCUCAUGGAGCUGAUUACGAACUCAGACUAUGUGAUUGCUGUGAAGAGCUAUGUGACAGAUGACAGGAGCUUACUGAGCAUUCACAGAGGCCACGUCAUCAAAAUCCUCAACAUGGACGGCCUCAAGGACGGAUGGAUGUUUGGUUCCAGUGGGGGCCGUUCUGGACUCUUCCCGGUGGACGUCACUCAGCCUUGUGCCCCACCAGACUACCACAGCAGCAACAUGGAGCGGCAGCUUGAACGGAAAAAGAGUAUGAGACUCACUGGCUCUUCCCCCAAAGUACCAGCCAAUGUCCCCGUCACCAACAUGCCUGUCAAUGGCCCUGUGACCAACAUACCUGCUAAUGGCUUUGUCUCCAACACUCUUGUUGCCCGCUCAGUGGCUAACAGUGUAUACAGUGCUGACAUGGGGUCCAUUCAGAGAUCAGAAUCAGAACAUCAACAGUAUAUCAUGACUGAGUUUGCCAGGAAGUUCUUCACAGAUGCUGUCAGCAGGUGAAAUCUUCUGGAAAGCAGAGGUGUUUGCAUCAAAGACAAAAGUCUUAAUGAGAUGGUGGAAUACACUCCAAAUCCUAUUCAGGAAUCACUGAUCCUUUUCUCAGACAAUGAUCUCAAUCGUCUGGGUGCUCAAAACUUUGUGGUUUUGAUGCAGUUUAUGAUGGAUCAGCCUAUGAAGAAAAAUCAGACAGAGAGCUACUGUGUUAACUCUAUUUUGCAGUUGGGAAAAGAGAAGGAGUUCCUCAGGGAUGAGAUCUACUGUCAGGUCAUCAAGCAGACCACAAAAAACCCAGUCAAGGAGAGCUGUACCCGUGGCUGGCGUUUGUUCAAUCUAGCGACUGGAUUCUUCCCCUGUUCCAACACUCUCCUGCCAUAUUGCACCCACCACCUGGAAGCCAUCAUUCAGGAUGCCAACCACCCUUUUCAAGAACUGGCAAGUGUGUGCUUGAAGAAUCUCAGACGAUCACUCAGUUUCGGAGGACGCAGACACAUCCCUUCACAUUCAGAGAUGGAGGCCAUCUUGGCUGGGAGGAACUCCCGUCGGCUGCCCAUAAAGCUGCCUGGUGGAAACGAAUUUACCUGCAAGAUUCGCAGCUUUAGUGUCGCAUUUGAGGUGGUACAAGACUUUUGCACUGAGAUGGGCGUCUUAAAUCCAGCAGAAGUGAAGGAAUUCUCCAUCCAUGCCACUAAGAAGAGCGGUGAUGUGACACGACCAAUUCACUUCGAUGAGUAUCUUUUUGACUUCCUGCUGGAUGAUGGCUCCAUCUCCCUCUCCUUUCAUAGAAUAAUCUGGAAACAGCCCUUGCAGUUCAGCAAUGAUCUUUAUCUGGAGUUCCACUAUCAGCUGCUUGUGGCUAACUAUCUGGGAGGGAGGCUGUUGCUGGCCACGAACAGUGCUACAAUCUACCAGCAGGUGGCAGAGUUGACCGCUCUUCAACACAUUGCACUUGGACUGACUGAUCUACCCUCCAACGCUGAGGUCAAGCAGUACCUUCCCCGGAUGGAUCAGCUCAACUCCAGUGAUGAAAGACUUCUUGCAACUAUACGGGCACAGUUUUCUACCUUAGGCCCCCUCGGCCAUCUUGAUGCCAAAGCUUGCUUUAUCAAAAGUGUCACUGUGCUGCCUUUCUUUGGAUUUGAUAUAUUCACCGCUCAGAAAGUAAGUCAUCGCAGCUGCCCCUCACCCUCGCUGGUCGCAGUCAACCAUGAAUUUAUCAAAAUCCUUGAUCCCAAAUCACAGAACGUAUGUUUGACGAUGUCUAUGGAGGAUGUGCAGUCCUUGCGCUCAAUCCGUCCCAAAAAAGACAAGCUGCCAUCAGUUGAGAUCAGCUUUAGUGGCCAAACUCAACCCAGGACUAUCAGCCUCAGUCUAAAGCAGGCAAAAGAGCUGUGCCACACCAUUGCUGUGAUUAUGGAAGAAGUGGUGAAACCCUCCUACAGCAGUUUGUCCAGCCGGUCCGGAACUCCACUGUAAACAACCAACAUAUGCAAACUUCACCUAAUAUCCCAUGACUUGCUUUAAAGUUCAAAUAUGUCUCCUGCCAUGAAAUAUUGCAAUCAUUAUAUUUAAAAAAAGAUGUACAAAUGUUUAUGUAAGAUCAAGGUUAAUGCAUUCAUUCAAUAUAGACAAAGAGUUUUUCAGGGGUGUAAAGAUAAUGCAGAAAAGAUGUAUACAAUUUUCUAUAAAAAAUAUCAUGACAUUUUGAACUUUUUGGAAUGAACAUUAAUGAUUUAAUAAGCAUUAUUUAAUGUAAUAAUGUUUUUUCAGGCAAAUAUGUGUUUAAUUUAGCAUCAUUAUGAAUUUAUAUCAAUAAAUGGGGAUGAUUUAAUUAUAUUUAUUAUAAGGCUGACCUAUUUUGUAUAUGUGUUAUAAUUAUGUUUAAUUAUUUGCCUCCAAAUAAAAGAAAACUGAUUAGUGAGUACAGAUGUUAAACUAUUCAAAUGUUAAACUAUUAAAGUGUAAAAUGUC